AUGACCGCAAUCGACCUCGGCAGCCCUGAGGAAGAGACCACGAAGCAUCUCGCAGGUCACGAAAUCGUUAGAUCGGCCAUUGUCGCGAACAAACCGCUGGAUCAAAUUUCACUAGCCAAUGGCUCCAAGAAAGCGGAUGUGAAGCAGAUCGUGCCGUACUCUAGGGAUACUGGCAAAUAUGUCGUGCGCAUUAUCGCGGAUUCCCGCACCCUGAACAACAAAAUUUCUGCAUACGCCGAGUUUUGGUCCCAGAACAACAUCUACAACCUGAUCGAGUAA